AUGCUUAAACAUUUCACUCGACAUGUUUAUAAACCAAAUCGCAUAGGCAUUGCUCAAUUUCAUUCAGCUGCCAUUGCAAAUGAUAAGCUGCGUGUCUUGUUUUUUGGCACAGAUAAUUUCGCUAAAACACAUUUACAAGCACUCAUUAAAGAGAAAGGCCAAAAUGACUCCUGUAUCGAGAGCAUCGAUGUAGUAUGUCCACCUGAUAGAAGAACUGGCAGAAAGUUGGAAAAGCUCACACCUAGCGAGACAAAGGGAGUAGCAGAAUCACACAACCUCAACAUAUACCACACACCACCACAAGCAAAGACGCUGCAAGAUUGGCAUGUACCCAGUGACACUGCUUACGAUGUAGGUGUUGUUGUUUCCUUUGGUUAUUUCAUUCCUCCGCAUAUCAUAGCAUCUUUAAAGAACGGCGCUGUCAAUGUUCAUCCCUCUCUUUUACCAAAAUACCGUGGAGCAGCACCCAUUCAACAUGCCAUCAUGUACGGAGAUGCUGAAACAGGUGUUACCAUCCAGGAACUAGAUGACAGAGAGUUUGAUGCUGGCCGUAUUCUCGCCCAAGAACAUGUCAGUCUUACACAAGCGCCUCCCAUUUACUCAUCACUCAAAGAGAAGCUCUCAUCCAUUGGAAGCCAUCUACUUGUAGACACUAUUCGCAAUCUGCAUCAACGCAAGCAAAAUGCCAUUACGCAAGAUGUCUCCAAAGCAACCAAGGCGCCUAAACUCAAGAAGGAAUGGUCAGAAAUGGACUUUGUCAACAUGAGUGCAUGGCAAGCAGAGCAAUUACAUAGGGCCAUUGGCGAGCAGUAUCCUUUACGUACAAUGUUUGAGAAGAAGAACAAGUCGUUGGUAGUUCAAUUGCUACAUCUCGAAAUACCUCCUGCACCCUCUGCUGCAUUGAAGGGAUGUGCGCCGGGAAGUUUUGCUUGGGAUGAGCCUAGUCAGAGCUUGCAUGUGGUGUUUGGCGAUGAUAGUGUGGUAGCCUGUACUCGAUUGAAAAUGCAGAACAAAGGUGCUGUGUCAGCAAGUGAUUUUGUGAAUGGCUAUGGACCUCAGGGUCAGUUUGGUGUUUCGCUAGAUGUAAAUGAUACUAUUGUACAAAAUAACAUUAAAAAGAGAGCAAAGAUGCAUCGCUAUGGAGCUGCAUAA